GAUAUUCAAUGAUUGGGUGAUCGAGACCUUGCACUCAAUCAAUUCUCUUGUAUUCUACUUGUUACUUUCAACGACCUUGUCUAAUUAGAAGAUUGAUUCCAUUCCUACAUUUUCGAAUUCAGUUCUCAAUACCUAUCUCCUCCACCCAUAAGAGGGAAACGAUAAAAUAUCUAUAUCUAUCAGAGGAGAUUGUCGACAUUGGACCAUCCCAUUCGAAGUAUUUCAUGCGCCUACCUAUACCAUCCGCAGAGUGACGAAUAACAUUACAAUUCUUGCCAGAAGGGAGGGGAGAGGGAGGAGCUUACUUGGCUACGACAUAUAGCUAUAGUCGUACUAUUUCCAAAGCUACACAACAAUUAUUAAAAUUCGACUGGCUUCCCAAGAACAUGAUUAGGUGAAUAGCAGAUUUGAAGUUAGUCUGUAUCCUUACCAAACUCCCAGACAAAACGUACAGACGGCACACACCUUCAUCGAGAGCUACCAGCGAAUUGCAGGUUUCGCGUCUUCCUAUUGUCUACCCACUCGCACAUCUACGACGAGCGCAUUCUCUGGAUCGUCCACGUUACUUUAAAUUCAUAGUCACACAAUCAACGAUUCUUGCAGCACUGGUUCGAACAACAAUUGCGCUCAGUAUUCAAGGUCUUUCCACCAUAAUCAAAAUGAGCUCCAUUGUUCAGGAAUGGGGAGUUCCACUUCAAGAACCAAAUGACACAGAUAACCUAAGAUACCUUGAGGAGGUCAAAAAGGAAGUUAUAAAGAAUGGAAUUGUUCGGCCGACGGGAUAUAACGUUUCGUUUCAUAUGAACCCUAUGAUCGAAAAACAUCAUUUCGGACCAAAACAUCCUAUGAAACCGUGGCGUUUGACUCUAUCAAAAGGGCUGAUUAUGGCAUAUGGUAUGCACGUCGCUAUGGAUACUUAUGUUUCACGUGCGGCAACCCAGGACGAAUUGGAGGAUUUCCAUACUCACGAUUAUCUCGAAUAUUUAAAAAGUGCCAAGGUUGGUCCACCAGAUGAACGUAUAGAGACGCCAUACAACCUUGGUAGUUUUGAUUGUCCUGUUUUUGAUGGACUUUUUAAUUAUUGUUCGAUGUACUCGGGUGCAUCGAUUGAUGCUGCUCGGAACCUUUCCAAUGGAACAUCAGAUAUUGCCAUAAAUUGGUCUGGAGGUUUACACCAUGCCAAAAAGACUGAAGCUUCUGGGUUUUGUUAUGUGAACGAUAUUGUACUUGCAAUACUCCAACUUCUAAGGAAGGUUCCAAGAGUUUUAUAUAUCGAUAUAGAUGUCCAUCACGGUGAUGGAGUAGAAGAAGCCUUUUGGUCAACAGGCCGAGUCAUGACUGUUUCCUUCCACAAAUGGGAUCCCGUAAACUUCUUUCCUGGAACCGGCGCUUUAGACGAUACCGGCCCGAAGAAUGAAAACAAUCAAGGUGCUCAUCACGCUGUCAAUGUCCCGUUGAACGAUGGUAUCGACGACGAGCAAUAUAUUAGGGUAUUCAAGCAAGUCAUAGAUAAAUGUGUCGAAAAAUUCCGUCCUAGUGCCAUAGUCCUCCAGUGUGGAGCCGAUUCAUUAGCAGGUGAUCGCAUUGGAACAUUCAAUGUUCUUGUUCAGGGCCACGGCGCUUGUGUUGAGCAUGUCAAAGGGUAUGGAAUACCUCUUAUGCUUGUAGGAGGAGGCGGUUACACACCCCGAAAUGUCGCACGUGCUUGGACAAACGAAACUAGUAUUGCAAUCGGUGCAAAACUAAACGAGGAACUCCCUAUGCAUACACCCUACCGCGAGCAUUUCCGAAAUCAAUCUUUAUACCCAGAUCUGACUGAGUUGUUAAGUGCUAAGGGGUCAGUUCCCAAAGGUCAAACCGGAGCCAGAAAGAAUCACAAUUCAGAGAAGAAGAUCAAUGACAUUGUGUCCAGCAUUCACGAACAGCUGCGCUUUGUAGAACACGCGCCAAGUGUACAAAGUCAAGAUCUUCCACCCGAUCUAGGAGCUUGGAAACAAGAUGUCGAGGAUGAGAUUAAAGAGGCAAAGGAGCAAGAAGAGUCAUAUAGGCUACAGAGGGAAGAGGGUCUUGGUAUUCUCCGAGAAUAUGCUUAGACAAGCGAGGCCAGUACUUGGAAAGCUGUGAUGGAUAGCUCACGUGUAAGGGGUAUUUUGCAAAAGAUUGGUGGCGUUUGGAUGGUGCAGGAGUUACAAAAAAUAUACCUGAAUUACGGAAGCGGAAUUUUUGAUAGUAUUGAAAAUCAUGAAAUUAUACCCAGUCAUGAUCAUGACGAAAGGGAGGAGGGCAUACACUUGGUCGCUGCCAGACUGUGAAUAGAUGACGAAUUAGACAAUGCAAUUUAAGCAACUUGUGUAUUUAUGACUACAAGUCAAAUUAUCUUCUUGCA